AUGGUUUGGUGUUAUCGUUUCGUCGAGAGUGGAGACUGGGAAAUCAAAAACAUCACGGCCGAAAUAUCAACAACUGAUCAUGGCGACUGCUGCCCGUUUAACUUUAGCGAAGUGGUUUACACCUUAACUAUGGAACGAAAGUCACUGUACUACAUGUUCUACCUCACUAUUCCUUCCGUUUUACUGACGGUCCUCGCACUGAGCAGUUUUCUAAUCCACGUUGAGAGCGGAGAACGUAUUGGCUUCGUGACAACGGUUCUACUGGCCAUGACGGUGUUUCUGCUCGUCAUCCCCUCCUUCCUGCCCGUCACUUCGGAUGGACUUCCGAUCUUGGGUGUCAAUCUCCAAGCUUCUAUGAUAAUCAUUGCGUUAGUGUUAUUCGCCAAUAUAUUUGUAGUGAGAGUGUACUUCAAGGAAGGAACACCCCCAGGAUGGAUCGAAAGAUUUUGCGACUUCUGCAGUAUCAAGAAGGGAAAAAGAGUGAGGAAAAUUAAUGUAUCGCGGCCUGAUAGUGGGUCUUCUGUGGCUCCUGGACGUUCCGCGGUAACCGUAAACGGUGUUGAGAUGACAGAGCCAAACCACAAGAACUCAACAUUGGAUGAUAGGAAGGACGAGGAACCAGAAUACUCGUGGAAAAGAGUGGCCAAAAAAAUGGAUUACAUGUUUCUUUUGCUUUUCCUCAUCAUUGUGGCUGUGGCAUAUAUUGUCACAUUUGUAACACCGAUGUAGACCCCAAUCAGAUCAUUUCAGAACUGUUGAAGGGACUAGUGACUAGUAGACCCCAUUAAAACUGGGGACGAGUUUAUUUUGGCCAUCUUGGGUAGCUUGACUCAUUCCCAGUCCUAUUGGGGCCUUGUAGUCUCUAGUUCCUUCAAUUGUCACCAUACUCCUUGAUGUGCUGAGAAUCCAAAGUUGGUGAUAGCGUCUACUAAUUACUUUGUUCGCAAGUGAUCAGAGCGCGUGAAACGUUUACAUAAGUAAGUAAGUAAGUAAUUUAUUUAAACACGCAGACACCUAAAAGUUAACAAAACUCGAUAGAAAGUGCAUGGGUAUGAAAGAAAAAAUUAAAAAAAACCUAAGUUAAAAACUUGGACUUAACUAAGAUUUCAUACUUGUACAAGACAAAACCUAGUAUAAAUAUUCCAAGUCAAAACUUUGAAAGGCCUGUUUAAACAUCUUAAGAUUUUCGGAUUUUCUAAUAUAGAGUGGAAGUUUAUUCCAUAGUUUGCUAGUACUGAAAGAAAAGGAUUUAUGCCUCCACUCAUUGCUGAAAUGAGGCUGAAACAAGUUGCUUCCCUUACCCCCUAGAUUAUAACAUACAUCUCUUAUACUCAGAAAUUCAGCAAUGUAGGGCUUUGGACCUGUAGAGUUAAGACAUUUGUAAAUUAACACCAAAGCUUGGUAAUAACGACGGUGCUUAGAAGUAUUCAUUCCCACAUGACUCGGUAGAAUUUCGUAACUUUCAUUCUUAGUCCUAAAUAAAGUUCCUAAGAUACAAUAGUUAGCAUCAUCGAGUCUGUCGCUCCGCACCUUACCAAGAUAAAUUAGAACUGUAUUACCGUAUUCUAAAUGUGGAACUAUAAACGAUUUAUAUAGGAGAAUUAUAGUGUUCACGGAAAUAAAGCGAGAUAUUCGUUUAAGAGCUGA